AGUUCAGCAGCUGCUCCAACUUCCUCUAGGAUGGAGGAGUCUUCAAUCUGGAGAUUUUCAGCAAGCGCAGGAGUUCUUGGAGGAGUCCUUGCGAAUCUGGCGCGAAGAUGAAGAGAGCGGAGGUUCUCACCAGGCAAAGUUUGCUGCAGCACUUCAUGGCUUAAGCAGAGUGAGUCUUCAUUACAAAGAUCGAGACCAGGCCAGGCAGUAUCUGGAACAGUCUCUGCAACUCAAGCGCCUUUUGGGGGACCAUGAUGACCUUGCCAUGCUGCUGGCCGAAUUGGGCCAAGCGACCUACUUGGCUGGAGAUCUUGUGGAGGCAAAGCAACAUCUGGAGGAAUCCCUAGAAAUCAACCGUUCUUUCUAUGGGGAAGAGGAGAAUCUUCCGGAAAUUGCUGGGAGGCUGCAAAAAUUGGGUCAGGUGAGUCUGCAGGCUGGAGAUCUUGAAGAGGCGAAGAAACACCUGGAGGAGUCUUUGCGCAUGUUUCGCUCCUUACAUGGACAUGUGGAUCACUCAGACAUUGCUGCGACACUGUGUUCAUUAGGUGUGACGACCAGACGGGCUGGUGAUCUUGAGCAGGCGAAACAGCAACUGGAGGAGUGCCUUCAGAUGACAAGGUGCUUGCAUGGAGAUGAAGAUAACUCUGCCCUUGCGGUGUCGCUGCAUGAACUGAGCAGGGUGAGUUGGAGGGCUGGAGAUCUCGAGCAAGCGAAUCAGUAUAUAGAUGAGUCCCUUCGAAUGAAGCGCUCCUUGCGUGGGGAUGAGGACCGUCUGCCCAUUCGUCUGAUGUUGCAGGAGAAUGACGAGGUAAGUCGAACUGCUGCAGAUUUGGAUCAAGAAAAGCAACAACUGGAGGAGUCCUUGAGAAUCAAGUGCUCUUUAUAUGGAGAAGAGGAUCACCUUGAAAUUGCUGUGACACUACGUUUUUUGGGUGUGGUUUGUGUGGAGAUAGGAGAUCUUGAGCAAGCCAAAGAGCGUUUGGAGGAAUCCUUGCGAGUGUUUCGCUGUUUGCAUGGGCAUGUAGACCACCCUGACAUUGCGGAGACUCUGCAGGGAAUAGGUUUUCUCAGUCAAGAGAUUGGAGAUCUUGAGCAAGCGAAAGAGCGUUUGGAGGAAUCCUUGCGAAUGUUUCGCUGUUUGCAUGGGCAUGUAGACCACCCUGACAUUGCGGAGACUCUGCAAGGAAUAGGUUCCAUGAAUCGACAGGCUGGAGAUCUGGAGCAAGCAAAGACACACUUGGAGGAGUCUUUGCGAAUGUUUCGCACUUUGCAUGGUCAUGUGGAUCACCCUGACAUUGCGGAGACUCUGAAGGGAAUAGGUCUGGUGAGCGACGUGGCUGGAGAUCUUGUACAAGCGAAGCAGUACUUGGAGGAGUCCUUAAGAAUGAAGCGCUCCUUGCAUGGGGAUGAGGCGAAUUUUGACAUUGCUUGGCACCACCAUGAAGUAGGCCGUGUGAAUCGGAAAGUUGGAAACCUCGAGGAAGCAAAGCAACAUUUGGAGGAGUCUUUACACAUGUUUUGCUCUUUGCACAGGAAUAUGGAUCACCCUAACAUUGCUUGGACCUUACAUGAAGUAGGCUGGGUGAGUGCACAGGCUGGAGAUUUGCAACAGGCGAAACAGUACCUGCAGGAGUCUUUGCGAAUGGUUCGCUCUUUUCAUGGGAACCUGAAUCACACUGACGUUGCUUGGACCCUGCAUGAAGUUGGACGCAUGAGUCGGAAGGCUGGAGAUCUCGAGCAAGCAAAACAACACCUCAAGGAGUCUUUGCACAUGUUUCAAUCUUUGCAUGGGCACGGAGAUCGCCCCGACAUUGCCUGGACCCUACAUGAAGUAGGCUGGGUGAGUCAACAGGCUGGAGAUUUGCAACAGGCGAAGCAGUACUUGGAGGAGUCUUUGCGAAUGAAGCGUUCUUUGCAAGCGCACUGUGGUUGCCAUGACAUGGACAUUGCUGCGACGAUGGAUCUAUUAAGCGAAGGACGAAAGAAGGUUGGAGUGUGCCAGCGAGGGAAGCAACAUUCGGAAUCCUUGAAGAUGCUGCGCUCUUUGCACGGGCAGGUGGACAACCCUGACAUUGCUUGGACCUUGCAAAACUUAGGCAUGGCGAGUCAGGAAGCAGGAGAUCUCGAGCAAGCAAAGACGCACUUGGAAGAGUCUUUGCAAAUGUUUCGCUCUUUGCACAGGCAUGGGGAUCACCCUGACAUUGCGGCGACCCUGGAUCUAAUCGGGAAUGUGAACAGGCAGAAUGGAGAUUUUGAUCUGGCAAAGAAGCACCUUGAAGAGUCCUUACAAAUGAAGCGCUCCUUGCAUGGGGGCGAGGAUCACCGUGACGUUGCUUUCAUGCUAUAUGAAGUAGGCCGUGUGAAUCGACAGGCUGGAGAUCUCGAGCAAGCAAAGAUGCACUUGGAGGAGUCUUUGCGAAUGGAGCGCUCUUUGCAUGGGCAUGCGGAGCACCGUGACGUUGCUUUCUUGCUAUAUGAAGUAGGCCAUGUGAAUCGACAGGCUGGAGAUCUCGAGCAAGCAAAGAUGCACUUGGAGGAGUCUUUGCGAAUGGAGCGCUCUUUGCAUGGGCAUGCAGAGCACCGUGACGUUGCUUUCUUGCUAUAUGAAGUAGGCCGUGUGAAUCGACAGGCUGGAGAUCUCGAGCAAGCAAAGAUGCACUUGGAGGAGUCUUUGCGAAUGGAGCGCUCUUUGCAUGGGCAUGCGGAGCACUGUGACGUUGCUUUCUUGCUGUAUGAAGUAGGCCGCGUGAAUUGGCAGGCUGGAGAUCUCGAGCAAGCAAAGAUGCACUUGGAGGAGUCUUUGCGAAUGCAUCGCUCGCUUUACCGAUGGAAGGAUAAUCCUGGCACUGCUGCAACAUUGCAUGCCUUGGGACUCUUAUGCCGACAAACCGGAGAUUUGAUGCGAGCAAAACAGCAGCUGCAGGAAUCCUUGCGAAUCCAGCGCUCUUUGGGCAGGGACAGCACUAAUCCUGACAUGGCUGCAACAAUGGAUGCGUUAGGAGGGAUCAGUCGAGUCGAGAGAAUGGGUUUCUGAAGGAAUGCUUGAAGGAGUCCUUUUGAAUGUGGAAGGCUCCAUUGCAUGAGUACAUUAGGGCUAGCUUGCGCACCAGUGCAGUGUCUGAUUCCCAAUUUAAUUCCCUUGCUUAAUGCCUACAGAAACGAAUUCGGCCGGUG